AUGGUCCAAACUGGUGAUCCAACGGGAACUGGAAAAGGCGGUAACAGUAUUUGGGGAGGACCAUUUGAGGACGAGCUCUCGGUAGAGCUCAGGCACGAGGGCCGUGGUACACUGUCUAUGGCAAAUAACGGACCGAAUACCAACAAAUCGCAGUUCUUCAUCACCUACGCAAAACAACCUCAUCUUGACCUAAAGUACACAGUUUUUGGGAACAGUUAUUGUUAUUCGACGCUAAACGAAGAAUUAGAAGCACAGCAAGCCAAAAUCAAGCAGUCUCAAGAUUACUUCAACCAGUACAUAGAGGAAUAUUAUGAAGAGGAUGAUGAAGAGAUAGUUCCUCCAGUGAAACCCGAGAAAAUCAAAGAAGAGAUUCGUGUUGAAUCGAUUGAUGACGUUGUUUCUCUUCUGAAGAAAGAACGUGUUCGAGACAUUGUCGUGAUCUCACUCGGCGAAGAUGGACCAGGAAUUGUGGAGACAAUGGUCCAUGUUAUGGGUGAGGAAGCACGUCAACGAUUUGAUCUGGAAACUCUGUGGGGGAUAAACGAGGUGGUGAAGCAAGAGGAAGAAAUACCAUUAAUACCGCCUCCGAGGGGAGAUGGGCCCUCUCUGUAA